GCAGGAAGUACACUCAUAAAUGUGUGUGUGUGUGUGUGUGUGAGUGAGAGAUAUGACACUGUGAAGACGCCUUAUGAGUGCGAGUGUGUGAAGAAAGACGGACAUGAAGAGACACAAACACCCCUCCAAGUGGUUCGGCAGCCUGGUCAACCUCUCCUUUCGCCGCCAGUCCGCCAAACGGGAGGCGGCCCCGGUGCACCAUGGGACCCUGGCCGGAUCAGCUGACGACAUGGAGUCCGGCCCCCAGCGCCGAGGAUACGCCCGCUCCAGUGACAUGUACACGCAUGUGGGCACCGUGCCGCGCGGCGACAGGCGGCACAGGAGCAGUCAGGAGACAGAGAAGACCAGGGCCGAGACCAUGGAGGACCAGGAGGAGGAGGGAGCAAGCGGCUGGGCGAGGACGAGGGAACACGUGCGAGACUCCCCCUUGCUCAGCGCUCUGUCCAGCCUCAGCCUCCACAGUCCGGACCCGCCUCCGAGGGCGUCUGCAGCCACGCGGCCGCUGCCCGCCACACCUUCACCUUUGACCCCUGACAGCAGCGACCCUUGUUGGAGCCAGGAUGCCGAAGGCCCCCUCCAUGCGGCACCGUCCACUGUGACCAUGGCCGGCCCAAGAAGUCCCGCUCAGGAUGUGUACGUGCCCAUGGACCCCAUCAGUGAAGACCACCACGGACACGUGCACGAGCGAGGGCUCACGUGCACGCGGGAGACCUCAAAGGAAGAGGAAGACAUGCACAGCCAGUGUGACGUGGCAGAGAGCAGUAGCGAAUAUGUGAAGUUCUCCAAGGACAAGUUCUGGUUGGAGCCGCCGUCGGAGGACCUGAAGAGGCAGCUGGAGGAGGAGCUGAAGCUCUGCAGCUCCAACCUGAGGAGCCAUGCCUGGUACCACGGACCCAUCCCCCGGGAGGUGUCAGAGAGCCUGCUGUCCAACCAUGGCGACUUCCUCAUCAGGGACUCUGAUUCCAGUCCGGGGGACUUUGUCCUGACGGCUCGCUGGGACCAGAAGACCAACCACUUCCCCAUCAGCAAGACGCUGAAGACCCGGGUCCAGUACAGUCUGGACCGGGAGUCCUUCGACUCGAUGCCCGCGCUCGUUCACUUCUACGUGGGCGGCCGAGGGCCCCUGACAAGCUGGAGCCCCGCCCAGAUCCACCGGCCGGCCAACCGGACGCUGCCACUGAGCUACCUGGAGACGGCGUUUGGCGCCACCCUGGACCCGUGUCCCAUCCCCCCGAAGGAGCGUGGCAAGCGACCCCAGCAACACCUCCGCUCCGAUGAAGAGACCCGCCUCUCAGCUGACAACAAUCUUCCGUCCAGAAGCUCGACUCCUUCCCUCGCAGGAAGUGGGGAGCCAGUCGUUUCUUGCACGGCGCCCAUCAGCACUCUAGCCCUGCGGCCGAAAGCGGAGCGGGACGGCGCUCCAGCCGUGCCCCCGGAAGCGGAGCGGGACGGCGUGCAGCCGGAUGCGGAUGGCAGCUGCUACACGGAGCUACACCCGGGCCCGCAGAGCUUUGUGGAAAGGCUGCGUGCGGAGGAGCGCCCGCCGGGGGCGGAGGGCGUCCACUCCCCUCCCGUGGUGGAGACAGUGUCCUCCAUCAGGCCCGCCGGGUACCGGUCGGCGCUGAUGCCCGCAGAGAACAAGCCUCUGGAAGUGGGCAUCCUGCAGAGGGUGAAGGCCAUCUUGGCCCAGGUGGACCCGAAGACGGCGGCACAGCACAUCACCAAGUGCGACUGCACGUUGGCUCGGAUACUGGAGGUGCGGCCGGAGGUGCAGAGGAUGAUGGGAGUCAGCUCCGGGGUGGAGCUGCUCACGCUGCCGCACGGCCAACGCCUCCGAUUGGACCUGCUGGAGAGGCUGCACGUCAUGGCCACCACGCUGGCCGUCAACCUGCUGGGCUGCACCGGCACCGCUGAGGAGCGGGCGGGCCUGCUGCACGGGAUGAUCCGGACGGCGGCCGAGCUCAAGAGCAACAUGGGCAACAUGUUUGGCUUCGCCGCCGUCAUGAGGGCGCUGGAGCUGCCGCAGGUGACGCGUCUCGAGCACACCUGGGCGACAUUACGCCAGCGGCACACAGAGGGCGCCAUUCUCUACCAGAAAACUCUGCGGCCCUUCAUGAAGAGCCUGAAUGAAGGCAAAGAAAGCUGUCCUCUGUCCAGCACCAGCUUCCCGCACAUACUGCCCCUCCUCUACCUGCUGGAGAGAGGCGUGGCGCUGGGCGAGGGGGCGGAGCCUUGGGAGACGGCGGAGGACGGCGUGGACGUGGUCAUGUUGCAUCUCGGGGUGGCCAGGACCGUGGCACAAAUGGGCGACGUCUACAGGUCCAACGCUGAGAGCAAACUGCAAGGUUUCCAGGAGCAGGCCGACAUCUUGGAAGUGUUCCAGACCGACUUCCAGAUGAGGCUACUGUGGGGGAGCAGGGGCGCCGUGGAGAGCCAGGCGCCGCGCUACGCCAAAUUCCAGCAGGUGCUGACGGCCUUGUCCAACAGGCUGGAGCCGCCCGCGCCCCACGCCCCAAAAGCCUGACUUGAGACUCCCGCCGAGACAUCAAUAUGCCGUUUUUAGACGGUCCCCACAAGGUCCGUUCCCAUGACUCGAGUGUGUGAAGUGUCAAACAUGCAACAUGCCGUUUUUAGACGGUCCCCAGAAGGUCGGUUCCCACAGGUGUGUGAAGUGUCCAACAUGGGUACUGCACAAGAAACUUUGUGUUCUCUGGCAUCCCGAGUGGGGGCGUGGUCCUCGGCGGUCAUGUGACGUCCGGAGAACGUUGCAGACCGCACGUUCUAGCGCAGAACUUUGCCGAGCAUGUUUGUUGACGUUGUGAAGGCUGGACCUCCACGACACGCCAACAGUAUCGCAUUAUUCCCGAAACGUAAACCUACAUUCCAAUAGCAUGUUAACAUUAGCAUGUUUUAAUGGGAACAGUUAGCAUACUUGCAAGAAAGAUAUGUCUAAAAACCCAUGAAUUUUAGGUUUAUAUGAAUAAAUUUGCAAAAAUGUUUGCAUAAAACAUUAGCAUGCUAACAUUAGCGUGUUAUAAUUGGAACAGUUAGCAUACUUGCAAGAAGGAGUCUCCGUAUAAAUUUUGACGGGCCUGCUAUCUGUGCUGUGAACCUCUGACCCCGAGGUUGAUUGACGCUAAAAAGCUAUCAUAAAACGUUAGCGUGUUAUAGUAGGGAUUGUUAGCAUACUUGCAAGAAGGAGAUAUGUCUCAAAACCCAUUAGUUUCAGGUUUACACAUAUAAAAUUAGCAAAAUGUUAGCAUCAAACGUUAGCAUGCUAACAUUAGCUUGUUAUAAUAGGAACAGUUAGCAUAUUUGCAAGAUAGAGAUAUGUCUCAAAACCCAUGAAUUUUAGGUUUAUACGAUACAUUAGCAAAUGUUUUUGCAUAAAACAUUAGCAUGCUAAUGUUAGCGUGUUAUAAUUGGAACAGUUAGCAUACUUGCAAGAAGGAGAUAUGUCUCAAAACCCAUGAAUUUUAGGUUUAUGCGAAUAAAUUAGCAAAAAUGUUUGCAUAAAACAUUAGCAUGCUAAUGUUAGCGUGUUAUAAUUGGAACAGUUAGCAUACUUGCAAGGAGAUAUGUCUCAAAACCCAUUAGUUUUAGGUUUACACAUAAAAUUAACAAAAUGUUAGCAUCAAACGUUAGCAUGCUAACAUUAGCGUGUUAUAAUAGGAACAGUUAGCAUAUUUGCAAGAAAGCGAUAUGUCUCAAAACCCAUGAAUUUUAGGUUUAUACGAAUAAAUUAGCACAUUUUUUUGCAUAAAACUUUAGCAUGCUAACGUUAGCGUGUUAUACUUGGAACAGUUAGCAUACUUGCAAGAAGGAGAUAUGUCUCAAAACCCAUGAAUUUUAGGUUUACACAUAUAAAAUUAGCAAAAUGUUAGCAUCAAACGUUAGCAUGCUAACAUUAGCGUGUUAUAAUAGGAACAGUUAGCAUACUUGCAAGAAGGAGUGUCUGUAGAAAUUUUGACGUGCCUUCUAUCUGUGCUGUGAACCUCUGGCCCCGAGGUUGAUUGAUGCUAAACAGCUAGCAUACAACGUUAGCGUGUUAUAAUAUGUGCGGUUAGCAUACUUGCAAGAAGGAGAUAUGUCUCAAAACCCAUGAAUUUUAGGUUUAUACGAAUAAAUUAGCAAAAAUGUUUGCAUAAAACAUUAGCAUGCUAAGGUUAGCGUGUUUUAAUAGGAACAGUUAGCAUACUUGCAAGAAGGAGUCUCUGUAGAAAUGUAAACAAAAGGUUUAUGUUUGAAUCCCAAACUGAACGUAAACACUGGUCUUUCAUACUUUCUUAAUUAUUAAACAAACAAGACAAGUUUUAUAACAUUUUAUCAAGGGAAAAAAAGUGUCUUUUUUAGACAUUUGUGUCAUUUUAACAUGAUUAUGUGAUUUUCAUGGACUGAUGACUUGUCAAAGUAAU